GGUCAAUUGCAAAGAUGGCCGCUACCAUGAUGCGCCAAAAGGUUGCUGGUGCCGUCGCCACCGAGCGUCGCGCCGUGGUGGCUCCAAAGAUGGGCCGCCCAGCGACCGCCCCUGUGGUCGUUGCGUCGGCGAACGCCAGCGCCUUCAAGGGUGCCACUGUGGCCGCUCGCGUGAAGCGCUCGACUCGCGCUGCACGCAUGCAGUCCCGGCGCACGGCUGUCAUGACCCAGGCCAAGAUCGGUGACAGCUUGGCUGAGUUCCUGGUGGAGGCUACUCCGGACCCAAAGCUGCGCCAGCUGAUGAUGAGCAUGGCUGAGGCUGUGCGCACCAUUGGUCACAAGGUUCGCACCGCGUCGUGCGCUGGCACUGCUUGCGUGAACAGCUUCGGUGACGAGCAGCUCGCCGUUGACAUGGUGGCUGAUAAGCUGCUGUUCGAGGCGCUGAAGUACUCGCACGUGUGCAAGCUGGCCUGCUCUGAGGAGGUUCCGGAGCCGGUGGACAUGGGCGGGGAGGGCUUCUGCGUCGCUUUCGACCCCCUCGAUGGCUCGUCCAUCGUUGACACGAACUUCUCCGUGGGCACCAUCUUCGGUGUCUGGCCCGGCGACAAGCUGGUCAACAUCACCGGCCGCGAGCAGGCUGCCGCCGGCAUGGGCAUCUACGGCCCGCGCACAGUGUUCUGCAUUGCCCUCAAGGACUGCCCCGGCACCCACGAGUUCCUGCUCAUGGACGACGGCAAGUGGAUGCACGUCAAGGAGACCACCGAGAUCGGUGAGGGCAAGAUGUUCGCCCCUGGCAACCUGCGCGCCACCUUCGACAACCCGGCCUACGAGCGCCUGAUCAACUUCUACCUGGGCGAGAAGUACACCCUGCGCUACACUGGCGGCAUGGUGCCCGAUGUUUUCCAGAUCAUCGUCAAGGAGAAGGGUGUGUUCACCAACGUGACCUCCCCCACCACCAAGGCCAAGCUCCGCAUCCUGUUCGAGGUGGCACCUCUGGCGCUGCUGGUUGAGAAGGCUGGCGGUGCUUCCAGCUGCGAUGGCAAGUGCGUGUCGGCUCUGGACAUUCCGAUCCUCAACUGCGACCAGCGCACGCAAAUCUGCUACGGCUCAAUCGGCGAGGUUCGCCGGUUCGAGGAGUACAUGUACGGCAACUCACCGCGCUUCAGCCAGGUGACCGCGUAAACGACCCUUCGUCCUGCAAGCCGAGCUUACUCGCCAAUAACCACAGUUUUGGUGGUCGCCUUUAUCAGGCGGCCAAGUUUGUGGUUGUACUUACGAUGAUUGAAGACCGUUUUGUACUGACGUAGUGGUGGUGGUCGUGAUGGAUGGAUGCAUCGGACAAGGAGCAUACGUUCCUGGCGCAUCUGGUUCAAGGUGGCGCGUAUGGACUCUUGGAUUUGACCGAUGUAUAACCUGCUCAGGCUAUGAUGUGUGUGUGUGCGCGUACCUGUGGAGUAAUGGCUAGUGAGGACUACGAGUAACCGAAAGCGAUAAGAGAUAGUGUCGCGUCGGGUUUUUGUUGAGGUUAUAUACUUCUGAGUUUAUGGUGGAGAUACUCAAUGCUUUCAACUGUAAAUUUUAAGGAAAGUGCAAUGCCACGAAAGAAACAUCUGCUGUGAAUCUGUGUUACUAAGAUGGGAUG